AUGCCCACCACGUACAAGGCCGAGCCAGCAGAACCCAUCCUGGCUCAUACUCUACUGCAGACGUCUACCAGUAUACGUCCAGAGACAGACUCCGCCUCAAAGAAAAAGAGGUCAGACCAAGAUCCUUCGAAUCAAUGGAGCCUGGAACUCGACAUUGAGAAUGGCCUCCAUUUCUCCCCAGAUGACAUCUUCCGCCCAGGGACAGUAAUCGGCUUCUCCAGGUUACGAGGCCGAUCCCCAGAUGGGAACGACGAUGAGUUUGUCGGCGAGCUCCCCCGCCAUCUCCUCACGAAAUGGCUUCGUACACGAAAACCACCAUCAACACCCCAAAGCAGAACAUUCAUAAUUCACCCCCCAAACAGCACCAUUUUCUCUCCCACAAAACUUCUCUCCUCGCUGCAAACCCACAAUCCCUCUCUCCCCCGCAAGGAGGCAAUCUCUCUCCUCGACUCAGUUCAGCUCUUCCCAGUCUUCGACUUUGCGGCGGCCGUGCACGCUAUUAAUGAGGUCGCUGAUAUACUUCAUUCUCUCCGGGAGCAUCACCAGGAGCAAGAGAAACAGCAGCCCCAAAUGACACUUGUUAUUGCCGGCCUUGACACCCUCACCGAAGCAGUCGUGCGCGCGUCAAACGCUGUCCGAGGCGCCGCUGUCCUGAGCAGCGCACUCCGGACCAUAACGCAGUUAUCGCGUAUGCAUGCCUUGAAUCUCUCUAUUCUCCUGGUGAAUACCAGCGGUGUUGGGCCGACAGUCCGUGAUGAUGGUUCCGUUCCGCAGAAUCAGAAUCAGAACCAGAACCAGAACCAGAGAGACUACGAAACUCGAGGCGAUGUUAUCCAGUCGAUGUUCUGUGUAACCGAUGGUCCGCUCUUUCCUAGUCUGUUGAUGAGAACGUUGGACCAGGGGAUUGAUACGCAUCUGCUGGUGUCGAGUACGCGGAGGGUUCCGGUUCUAGAGGUGAUUAAGGACCGGGUGGGUGGCGGGCUUGGGAGAUGGUGUGUUUGGAGCGGGAGAAAUAAAUGA